AUUGGGGUGUUGGGUAUUAGUGAUACUAAAUGGCCAGGAAACGAUCGAUACAAGACCACAGAGGGCGAAGUACUGUACUACUCGGGUAAAAAUGGCUCAACCGAACCUUAUGGAGUGGCAGUCCUGCUCCAUACCACAUUCCAACCGAAGUAUGCUGUUACGUCUGGAAGCUAAACCGCAGAACAUAAAUAUCAUACAAGUGUAUGCCCCGACAGCCGACAAACCCCAGAACGAGUUGGAUGAAUUUUACGCGGAAGUUAGGAAUCUUUUACAAUACACGAAGAAACAUGACAUAAAUAUUAUAAUGGGAGAUCUAAACGCAAAGGUGGGUGCAGGGGAGGUACCAGGAGUGAUCGGACCUUAUGGAUUAGGGGUAAGAAAUGAACGGGGCGAAGCGCUCAUUGAGUUCUGUCAAGAACAUGAACUCGUAGUCACGAACACCCUGUUCAAACAUCACCCAAGGAGGCUCUACACAUGGACCUCACCAGCGCAUACACCAGAUCACAUAGUUCGCAACCAGAUAGAUUACAUAGCGAUAAAUAGUCGUUUCAAAAAUUCGAUUAAAAGUGCUCAAACCUAUCCUGGUGCUGAUAUCAACUCUGACCACAACCCCGUUAUAGUUAAAAUGUGCUGUAACCUGAAAAAACUAAAAAAGACUAAAAUCAUCUGUCGUCCGGAUAUACGCAGUAUCAAACAUCCGGAAAAAAGAGUAAAAGUCUCCAAGGCUAUAAACCGCUGGGCUGAAGAAAAUUUUAAUACAACUGCAUCUGUAGAAGAAGUGAAUCAUGCUCUAGUUAGAACCAUUACCGAUAUUAAUGAAACUAUUUUGGGUCAGACGCAAUAUAACAAAAGACAACAGUGGAUGGAAGAUGAAAUCUUAGACCUCAUGGAAGAAAGACGACUGAGAAACAAUUCGAUCCACACGCAUACAAUGCCCUAA